AUGGAGAGGAGAGUGCACACCGCCGCAGGCGUGCUGGGCGCCACCACGUUGUUGCUGGUCCUGCUGUUGCUCGAUGGGACCGAAGCUUCACGAUACUGCUCCUACCAUCCAGAGGCACCCGAGUGCCGCAACGUGCAACCCCGCUACCCCCCAGCAAGCGAUUGGGAGGUAGACCCGGCCCAUCUAGAGCUGCAGGAGAUGGAGGCAGACCUCGCUGCCGCGAUCUCUACGUCCAACGAAGCAGACGACGUGCCACCGUCGGCAGUCUCUACGCCAGCGAAGGGCAUGGGAGAGGCCUCCGGGUGGCGCCUGCUACUCACCCGCCAGGCCAGGCCCGUCUUUGAAGCCCUUGGCGUCGUCGGCGCUGCGCUGGUGACGUUCGCUGUGUUGGCUAGGUGGUGGGUUCACCGCCAGGCGCGGCAGAUCGACGCCCUGGAGGACGUAGCGGCGGCUGAGGCUUUGCUGACGCGGCGUGCCGCGUCGCCGUUCGCGGUCGUGGUCGACGCCACGCUCGGGACGUCGCUGGUCUCCGACCUCCGCCGCCGGCUGGAGGCCCGGCUGGCCCAGCUCCACGCCCGGCGGCAGCAGUCGCUCGACGCCGCCGCGGCCGAGCUGGCCGGGCAGGCCAGCGUCGCCGACCGCAAGCACCAGUUCGUCAAGAAGUGGAGGCGCAUCCACGCCAAGACCUUGCCCAUCCCGCAACUCGAAGCCCUGUUGGCCGAGGCCGAAGAGGUGGAAUCCGAGUUUGAGGUGGUGAUCAGGGAGUGGCUCGAGUUUAGGCGCCAAAUCGAACGGGAGAGCACCACGCUUCGCCUUACGAUGAGCGAAGACGGCGAAAGCCUCCCCUCUUCGCUGACCCGCUCCACCGAACUGCGCCUGCUCGCCGCCGCACGACCCAACGCCAUCGCGCGCUACACGAAUGACAGCGACGACGACGACGACGAUGCUGUGAUCAUCGAGCGCGACGACAAGAACAGCAGCAGCACGAGCACGAGCACGAGCACGAACACGGAGAACGAAGGCGAAGUGGAGGUGGUGGAGGGUCAGUACAUAGGUGGCGAGAGGAAUGCGGCCAAGCGAAGAUCGACCAAUGGCCCCCUGGGAUCGCUUGUUCUCGAAGAUUACGGCGGGGAAAACGACUCGUCCAUCGCGCGGGAGUUGGCGCGACAGACCGACAGCGAGAGCUACUUCCGAGUGUGGGAGCUGCAUCACAAACACGAACUUCUCCAACUGGGCCGUGAGAAGCUACGACAGAAGCAGGAGGACAAGAUUCAGGAGCAGCAGAAGCGCGAGGAGGACAACGAAGAGAGACGAAGCCAAGCCCGCCGCACGCUCAAAGAGCAGCAGGAGGCCAACCGGAUCGAACAGGAGAAACUCAACCACCAGAAACAGGAAGCACGCAAGGCCGCGGAGGAGGCGGAGGAACGGACGGCAUGGAGCAGUCUCCGGACCAGGCUGUUCCUGCACGCCAGCAUCUACGGCGGGAUUGCGCUCUACCACCUGUGGCACAGCCUUCUCGAUUCGUGGCGAUCCACUCUCGACUUCAGUUCCACGUGCACUCCCGCCAUUCCGCUUCUCGUCGAUAAGGUCUGUCUGCUUGACUUGACGGUCUAUCUUCCGCUUCACAUCCUCCUUCCGCUCCUCUUGUGCGUUCUCGUCCUCGCCAUCCAGUGGGGCGGUCUGCUCCUUCAACUCCCCUCGCUCGCCGCUCUGUGCCUCCUCUUCGCUGCCAUCUGGAGCAAGGUCCCUUCUGCGCUCGACUAUGCGGGUCUCGUGGGCGUGGUAGUCGUUCAGCUCUUGGUCUUCGCCGCUAAGUGGGCCAUCGCGUCGAGCGCCAACGAUGGCGGCGAGGUCGGCCACGUGAGGCAGAGAGCGCCCCGCCGCCUGCUUGGCGCAGUGCUCACCACGAUCGAGGUCUCGCUGUUCGUCGUCAACAUCGGCCUCGCCCUCGCUUGCUUCGCCCGGCGUCGCAACGACGUGCUGCACGAUUCCUUCACUGACUGCUUCUCUACGCCCAGCGACUUUGGGAGUUGCUACACCUACUACUGA